AAUUCAGAGCGAGGACGCAUAGGUAGUUUUCUCCCACAAUGUGUAGGCAUGAACUGUCACUUAUAUCGAAAACGAAACCAACGGUUGAGAAAUGAGAAAUGCACCUCUCGCAGUCUGGUUAAGAAACAGCCUCUGAUAAGGACGCUGUUGUUGCUGCCUGGAAAGACCCUAGCUUGCCCUCUGUUUCAAAUAGGAUCACGGAAAACUGGCCCGAAACUUGGUGGGAGUGGAUUUGCCUUGGCGAAGGUCUGCGCUCUCCGACUGCUCUUCUAGUAUGGGAUAAACACGAAUCUGGAUGCAUGCACAGGACUCUGAAUUUUUCAACCCACUGAAGAAUGUCACUUCACCACAAUGAGGCAGUAUAUGAUCAGGAAGCAGGAGAAACGGCAAAAAGUUUAAAGCUGCGGCUCCAAAGUUAAAACCAAUGAAGAAUCCAAUUAUAGUGGAUGAGGGAAGCAAGCUCAUAGUUAAGUGUGAGGCCACAGGGAGCCCUGUUCUCACCUACAGAUGGUUCAAAGAUGGCAACGAGCUGAAGAAAAGCAAAAAAGUCAAAAUACGGACCCGCCCGAAAAACUCCACAGUCCAGAUCAACAGAGCAAAACUGGAGGAUUCUGGGAAUUACACAUGUGUGGUGGAGAACCAGCUGGGAAAGGACAACUCCACUGGCACUGUUAACGUCCAAAGCAUAACCACAACGCCAUCUCCGCGCUCAGGCCACGCCAGAAGAUGCAACGAGACAGAGAAGCCCUACUGUGUGAAUGGCGGCGACUGUUACUUCAUACAUGGUAUAAAUCAGCUCUCCUGCAAGUGUCCAAAUGACUUUACUGGUGAUCGCUGUCAAACCUACGUUAUGGCCAGUUUCUACCAGCAUCUUGGGAUUGAAUUUAUGGAGGCAGAGGAACUCUACCAGAAAAGAGUCCUGACAAUCACGGGUAUUUGUGUGGCUCUGUUGGUGGUGGGCAUCGUGUGUGUGGUUGCCUACUGUAAAACCAAGAAACAAAGAAAGAAGAUGCACAAUCAUCUGCGACAAAACAUGUGUCCAGAACAUCCCAAUCGUAACCUUGCUAACGGACCCAAUCACCCAGGACCAGGCCCAGAGGAAAUCCCUAUGGUAGAUUACAUAUCAAAGAAUAUCCCUGCAACUGAACGAGUCAUACGGCCUGCAACAGAGGGAUCGCUCCCUGCCAGUCAUGCCUCUUCCAGAUCUCACAACUCUUCCACACGAGCCCAUUCAUCAACUCACAGACAUGAGGAACGGACAUGGAGCCUGGAACAUUCUGACAGCAUCCUCUCUGACUCGCCGGGAAUGAUGUCAUCACCCGUGGGGACCAGUAAAUGCAGCAGUCCUGCCUGCAUGGAGGCACGGGCCCGGCGCGCUGCACACUAUGGUUACUCUGACCCUCAUCGGCCGGGCCUGCAGUAUGGAGACUCCUUCGACUCGCUGGGAGACUCUCCGCACAGCGACAGAUAUGUGUCAGCCCUGACGUCACCAGCCCGCCUCUCCCCAGUGGAUUUCCAUUACUCAUUACCCUCGCAGGUGCCUACCUUCCAGAUCACAUCCCCCAAUGCCAGCCAUGCCAUGUCUCUCCCUCCUGCUGUCCACAACCCCUACCCUCUGGAGGAUGACCAACCUCUGCUGCGCCGCUACCAGGUGCCCCUUCACGAUGUCCAGUGCCAGGAGCCCUACCAGCAGCAGCGUCGCACCUAUCUAAAUGACAGCAGGGGCAGCCUGCCCUCCAGCCCCUACCGACUGGCAAAAGAAGAAGACUAUGAGACCACCCAGGAAUAUCUCUCCUCUCGGGAGCAACCAAAGAGAAGUGGAUCCAGUGGAACUGGUAGCCGGCGUUGGCGGAGAUCCAGACUGAAUGGCCACGUAGCCCCACGUGGAUAUGAGGCAUCUCGGGACUAUGGGUCUCGAAGCUGCCUAACAGAUAGUGAGUCAGAGGAGGACGGUGAGAGCACGCCCUUCCUCAGUAUGCAGAACAUGAAUGCAGAGCCCUCCACCAUCUACAGGCCGGUGGACAGUCGGACUUCUCACUCAUCGGGGCGGCACAGUGGGCAUGGGAACAUGCCUACAAGACUUACACACUCACGCUCCAAACCGGACAAUACACCUCAUUAGAGUGAAAAUAAACCAACAAAAAUCAAUAUAGUAUAGACCUGCAUCUAUAAGAAAUAUUUUUAUUUUAUAUAACUGACAGAUAUUCUAAACAAAUGAAAUAUUUAUUUUCAUUUUAGCAAAAGUUGUCUACUAGUUAACAGCAAAGACUUUUUUAUAGGGAAAACUCUAUUUAUAUGUACAUUUUGAUUUACAGCAUAAAAGAUGUGCCAGUUUUUUCACAACGUAAAAAAUAGAGUAAUAUUGUGGUGCCUUUUGCUGUAUGCCGAUGCCAGAAGGCCAGUGGAGGUUUUGUAGCCUUUCUUAUAUGGACGCCUCAUUUUUUAUACAAGAUAUGUUUUUUUUUCCUCUCUGGUUUACUGUUUUACUUUCUUUCCAAGU